CCAUUAAAGGAGUGGAGAGGCUGCAUUGAAUGGCACCGCACCUUGCACACCGAUAACAUUUCAGUUUUUUUUUUACCAGCUUAUUCUGUGAUCUCAACCCGCGACUUGUAAAGUUUAUUAUUAUUAUUAUUAUUAUUAUUAUUAUUAUUAUUAUUAUUAUUAUUUCUUACCUUGGACGGCAUAGAAAGAAGGAAAGCAGGAGGAAAAGGACAACUGUGCAUCUUUUAUUUUCUUGCUUUUCACUUCAACAGAAGUUCAGAAUUCAUGUCUGUUUAUUUUUCUCCGCUUCACUGCCCUGUGUACCUGCGCUCUGCUGACAUGACUGAAGUAAUGAUGAGCAACGCCACCAUGGAUGACAUCAGGCUCAGUCCAAGCAAGGACCGCCUCUCCUACCAGAUCUUCCCAGACCCAUCUGACUUUGAACGCUGCUGCAAGCUGAAGGAUCGCCUGCCCUCCAUUGUGGUGGAGCCCACAGAGGGGGACGUGGAGAGCGGGGAGUUGCGCUGGCCCCCCGAAGAGUACUUGGUAGGAGAAGAGGAGGAGCAUGAAGAAGAGAAGAUGUGCGAGGAGGUGCCUGGCAAGGACAGGCAGUCCUAGAGCUCCCUCGAUGCACCAGAACAAAGGACAUAGAGGGCAGGAGAGGGAACCAGCCUGCACAGUGACCCCUACACAUCUGCCUGCCUACCUUCACCACUCCCCUCCUCUGUGAGGGCUCACACACCUUUUUAUAAACCCCUUUUCACUUGCACACUCUCUGCUACGUCCUGGUGGCUGCGUGUGUCUGUGCACACCUGCUGGGUUGGAGUGUGCUUCUGUUGACUGCAGUUCUCACGAGACACGUGAACGAGCCAGAGCUGAAGCGCUUCCUGUUGUAGGAAGUUGCUUUCUGCUGUUUUGAGAUCUUUUUUCGGACUUGUUCGUUCUGUGUGGUCGGUUUUUUUGUGUGUAUUUUGAGUGCUGCUGCAGCGGUGGGUGGUAUAGUGUGUGUGUUGUGUGGUUUUUUUUUUUUUUUUUUUUUGGAGACAAGGGUAGGGGUGGUGAAGGGUAAGCAAAGACAAAAUGUUGAACCUCUAGGAUUGGGGAUUGUUGUAAAGAUACUUGCUGUGUAGCCAUGAUUCAGAUGGGGCAGUUACAUGCCCUUGCCCAGAACCUAUUCACUGCAGUAUUUGUUUUUUUGUUUUUUUUCUCAGCAGAAAUUGCUUUCAGUCUCUCCUUUUGAGUGGAGUACUGUUCACUUUUUUUUUUUAAUGCUUUUUCAUGCACUGGUUAUAUUCAUCUUAGUCUUCAGCCUGCCUUACCAUCAGCUCUGUUAAACACAGAAGCUGUCUGUAAUGGGGAACCCCCAAUACUAGAGGGCUACAGAGAGCUUGCUCUUUUCUCUCUCUCUCUCCUUCCUCCUUCCACAGCUGUGCAGAUUCUGGAAACCCAGAACUUUUGUGAGGGCGCUCAGUACUGUACAAGCCCAUGAAAGCGGGUGUUCAACCUUCCUGUAGUGUUAGUGCAGCCUGGUUUUAAUGGCUGGGAAGUUUCUUCUAUCAGUGCUAUACAAUCCUUUUUUUUUUUUUUUUUUUUUAAACUUUUCUACAGUGACUAUCGCAGUACCCUGAAUGAAUUCACCAAUUUUGCGUCGUGUGUGUGUGUGGAGUCCUUUUAGUCAUACUCUCCUAUGGCCCCUUUAACUGUUUUAAGCAGGUUUGACAACCCUUUGACCUGAGAUGUACUCGAUCAGGAAGGAGUGUGCCUGGCACAGCCAGCACAUUGCUGACUUGAACCUGUUCACCUUUUUUAUUUUUUAUGUACGCUGGGCAGCCUUGUGGAGAGUUUUGUUUCACACCUCCAAAACAGCAAUAACUUCUCUCUCUUUAUUCAGCAAUGACACAGAGGAAGCUAUGUAAAUUAUAUAUAUAUAUAUAUUUUUUCCACCUCUUCUCAUUCAGAACUGUAACGGGCAAAUAAGAUUGUGGUCAUUGAGCCUGUUUGCUCACUCUGGCUCCUUGCAUCAGAGUAUUGAAAGGAGUGUGGGAGGUUGUCAAGGUAGACUGUAACCUGCAUCCCGACUAGUCUGUUUCCAAUACUGCACUAGCAUUCCUUUUAAAACCACUGUUACAUUUACCGCCCCUCUGAUUUGACAGAUGCAGGAGGUUUACCGAUUUUGCUCUGAAUGAUUCUUGCUCAACUCCAGACAAUGUUAAAUUUGCUGCAGAUCAGGGGGUUCAGGUAUUUAAACGCAUCUGCAGAGGGCAGGCUUGGGUCUUAUUGGACAGCAAUGUGUUGGUGGAAUGUGCAGUAGUUCUCAGUGUGGCCAAUUCGGUAAUAUCCCAUGUAGUAAAACUCUUAUCCUGGUAAACGUAACUUACCAGUCUGACAGAGCAGAUGGGUGAUUUUUUAAAAUAUUUUUUAUAUUGCAUUAGGAAUAGUACCUGUCCUGAACUUGCUAAAGUGAGCGAAUGGAGUUCUCCCAAGUUGGUAGCUAUUAUUCUGUGAUACCACACAAAGUACUCCUCUCUCCUGUGGAGUGCAGCCAGUAUAAGCAGGACCAGAUCACCACUGUCCCACCCAUCCUCCUGCACAUUCCUGUGACCAGUCUUCUUCUUUUUUUAUUUCUAUAAAUGUGUAUGUAAAUCAUAUGAUCUUGCUGUUCUCAGUGUAUCUUGAUGGUUAUCUGAACAAAAAAUAACUGUACAUUUCCCUGUACUAUAUAUGAUUUUUUUUUUGAUGCUCAGGGAGAUAGCUGGCAUUUUUUCAAACCACUUUUCUGUCAUGGUGACAGUUUGUAAAUAAAUGUUUUGGAACUGCUUUCCAA